AUGCUAACACGGAGCUUCACGUCGAGGUGCUCGCCAACACCCUCUUCAAGACUUUCCCAACUACUCAAGUCUCAAACAAGAGCCAUUUCCAAGAUAAAUCAACACCAUGCUGCUCAAGCUAGCUCGAGGUCGAGGCCGCAACCUUCGCCGGCAUUCAACACCGCCGAUGUCGACUCCCCGCUGAAGCAGCCGCCUUUUACUUCUUUACACAAGACACCAUUACACCAGCAACAGCAACAGCAUCAACGUCGUCGUGCUGGCGUGCAAAAGGAACAAGUCAUGGAUGACUCAUUCAUCGGCUUGACCGGUGGAGAGAUUUUCCAUGAAAUGAUGUUGAGACACGAUGUCGAUACUGUCUUUGGUUACGCUGGUGGUGCCAUCUUGCCCGUGUUUGACGCCAUUUACAACUCGGACAAGUUUAAAUUUGUCUUGCCCAGACAUGAGCAAGGCGCCGGCCACAUGGCUGAAGGUUACGCGAGAGCCAGCGGUAAACCCGGUGUUGUUUUGGUCACCUCGGGUCCUGGUGCUACCAAUGUCAUUACCCCCAUGGCUGACGCGUUGAUGGACGGCGUUCCGUUGAUUGUGUUUACGGGGCAAGUCCCCACAACGGCCAUUGGUACCGAUGCAUUCCAAGAAGCCGAUGUCAUUGGUAUUUCGAGGUCUUGCUCGAAAUGGAACGUGAUGGUUAAAAACGUUGCCGAAUUGCCCAGACGCAUCAAUGAAGCUUUUGAAAUCGCCACUACCGGUAGACCAGGCCCCGUUUUGGUUGACUUGCCAAAAGACGUUACUGCCUCCAUCUUGAGAGAAUCCAUCCCCAUCAACACUACUUUGCCCUCGAAUGCAUUGAGCCAAAUCACAAAGAAGGCCGUUAACGAAUUCACUUCGGAAGCCAUUAGGAGAUCAGCCGAUAUCCUCAACCGCGCCAAGAAGCCCAUCAUUUAUUGUGGUGCUGGUAUUCUCAACCACGACGAUGGUCCCAAGUUGUUGAAGGAACUCGCCGACAAGGCCAACAUCCCCGUCACCACCACUUUGCAAGGUCUUGGUGCCUUUGACCAAAGGGACCCCAAGUCGUUGGAUAUGUUGGGUAUGCACGGUUCAGCCGCCGCCAAUACCGCUAUCCAAAAUGCCGAUUGUAUCGUUGCCCUUGGUGCAAGGUUCGACGAUAGAGUCACUGGUAACAUUGCCAAAUUUGCACCAGCAGCCAAGCUUGCCGCUAGCGAAAACCGCGGUGGUAUCUUGCAUUUUGAAAUUUCCCCCAAAAACAUCAACAAGGUUGUCGAAGCCACCGAAGCCAUCGAAGGUGAUGUCACUGCCAAUUUGCGCAAGUUCAUCCCCUUGGUCAACUCGAUUGAACUGCGCCCAGAAUGGUUCAAGCAAUUGAAUGAAUGGAAAGAGAAAUACCCAUACUCGUAUCAAUUGGAGACACCCGAGUCCAAGAUCAAGCCCCAGACUUUAAUCAAGGAAAUCUCGGAACAGUCGAUGAACUACGACAAGGACGUCUACGUCACCACUGGUGUUGGCCAGCAUCAAAUGUGGGCCGCUCAACACUGGACAUGGACCAAGCCUAGAACCAUGAUCACCUCGGGUGGGUUGGGAACCAUGGGUUUCGGUUUGCCUGCCGCGAUCGGAGCACAAGUAGCCAAGCCCGACGCCAUGGUGAUUGACAUUGACGGAGACGCAUCCUUCAACAUGACCUUGACCGAGUUGUCUUCGGCUGUCCAGGCGGGCGCACCCGUCAAGAUCUGCGUCUUGAACAACGAAGAACAAGGUAUGGUGACCCAGUGGCAAUCGCUCUUUUACGAACACAGAUACUCCCAUACACAUCAAUCCAACCCCGACUUUAUGAAACUCGCUGAGGCGAUGGGCGUCAAGGGGAUCAGAAUCGAGACUCAAGAUCAAUUGAAGGCGGGCGUUAAGGAGUUUUUGGAUUGCCAAGAGCCGGUCUUGUUGGAAGUUUACGUUGAAAAAAAGGUGCCUGUUUUGCCCAUGGUCCCCGCGGGCAAGGCGCUUGAUGACUUCAUCUUGUGGGAUUCAGAGACUGAAAAACAGCAGAAUGCAUUGAGAAAACAGAGAACUGGUGGAUUGUAUUAG